AUGCGGGGCACCUCUGUCCUGCGAUGGCUGCUUGUAGCCGUUGCAUUCACCUCUUUGGGUGGCUGCACAGGAGCGCCUUUGACUCGUGUGUAUCCCCAGGCCGCGCCUCCCGCGGUGGAGGGACCCAAAUCGUCCUUUCUUCUUUCCAGAAGUUCUCAGAAGGCCACAAAAGAAAGCCUGAGCACCGCCAAAGGGGCCAAAGGCGCGCUGGCCGACUCGGCGAGCUCUGCCGUGGCUGCGAGCAGCGUCAGCAAUGAAGCCCCUGAAAGCUCUAGUGCGGAAAAUGAAGGCAAAAUCGAAACAAAAGCUUUAAAUAAGCGUUUGGCAGCAAGCGAAGAGCGCCUGGGAAGCGGGCGCUUCCGCCGGGGAGAACAGGGAGUUCUGUCCAGUGACGCGCUUGACGCUGAGGCUCAAGAGGCCGCCUUGAAAGCCACGGAAUCCUUAGAGCUGCAGGCUGAAAGCAAGGACCCUUCGCUUGCAAGUGAAAGCCCCGCAGCUUCGCACCUGCAGGUGGGCGUGAAGCAGAUCUUCGACCAGCUGCUCACAGGCAUGCUGGGAACAGGAGUGAACUUGAUUCAAGGAGGAGCCAUGGGGGCUCAGCCCAUGACAAUGGCUCCGGCCGUGGGCUUCGGGCCUGCGCCCGCCUACUACCAAGCCCCGGACACGGGGCUGUCUACGGUGGAAAUCAUUUUGAUCAUCAGCGGCGGCAUUUUGGUCAUUGGCCUUGUGGGGCUCCUUGUGUGGCUGGCCACCCGCAAGAAGAGCCGAAGGCGGUGA